CGUAAAUUCGACUCCCCACCGCUGUGUCCUCGAUCUUCUCUGUCUGUACUGGUCCGGGCUCCGGCGCGGCGGCCGGCCGUCGCCCUCCGAAAUGCCUUCGCCUCUCCCGUGCAACCUCCUCACUCGCCGCCGCGCGCUCACCGCCUGCGCUGCCGUCGCCGCACUCACGGCCGCGGCGGCGCUCUUUUUGCUGGCCACCCCUCCCACCGAGGACCCCACCCACCCGUAUCUCCUCGCCUCCCUCCUCCACAACAACACAAGCAACCAGCCCGACUCCGCGGCCGCCUCCCAACCGCCGCUUCCUUCCACUUCCAUCCUCCAGCUCCAGACUAAUUUGCCAUCUGGGUUUACAACAGUCCCCUCCAUGUUUUUGGUCCCUUCACCUUCUCCAGCAGAAAACUUAGAUGAUGGUUCUAUGGAGGAAACUGACCCUCCAGAUUUAAAGGAAAAUCCACCGGCGGAAUCAGCUCCUUUUCUCCAAGAGCCCAUUUCCAGUGGUUCUCCUAUAAGGAGGUCUGAUAUCUAUAAUAAGGGACAUGACAUGAAGGACCAUGCAAUGCUUCCUCCAAGACCAGAGCAGGUGCCUAUACCUCUUUGGUCAACAGCAGCUGAUGAAGAGCUAAUCUAUGCAAAGAAAGAGAUCACUAUUGCACCGCUGGUGUCCAAUGACCCUGAUCUGCAUGCACCACUGUUCCGCAAUGUGUCUGUCUUUAGGAGGAGCUAUGAACUGAUGGAAAGACUUCUUAAAGUUUUUGUAUACCAUGAUGGAGCAAAACCUAUUUUCCAUUCACCAGAGUUGAAAGGCAUUUAUGCAUCUGAGGGGUGGUUUAUGAAACUGAUGGAAGGGAACCAACAUUUUGUUGUGAGAGAUCCAAACAGAGCUCACCUAUUCUAUCUACCGUAUAGCUCUCGUCAGCUAGAGCACAAUCUUUAUGUGCCUGGGUCAAAUACAAUUGAGCCAUUGUCUAUCUUUGUAAAGAAAUACAUAGAUUUUAUCUCCACCAAGUUCCCCUAUUGGAAUAGGACAAAAGGAGCUGAUCAUUUUUUUGUCGCUUGUCAUGACUGGGGACCAUACACUACCAAAUUGCAUGAUGAAUUGAGAAAAAACACCAUUAAAGCUCUAUGUAAUGCAGAUCUCUCAGAAGGAGUUUUCAUUCAUGGAAGAGAUGUGUCCCUUCCUGAAACAUUUCUUAGAUCACCAAGAAGACCCUUAAGAGGCAUUGGUGGAAAACCUGCUGCAGAGAGAUCUAUCCUAGCCUUCUUUGCAGGACAGAUGCAUGGACGAGUUCGACCUGUCCUCCUCCAGUAUUGGGGAGGAAAGGAUGCAGACAUGAGAAUAUAUGACCGUUUGCCACACAGAAUCACUAGGAGGAUGAAUUAUAUUCAGCAUAUGAAAUCAAGUAAAUACUGUAUUUGUCCCAUGGGAUACGAGGUAAACAGCCCAAGAAUAGUUGAGGCAAUCUAUUAUGAGUGUGUUCCGGUGAUAAUUGCGGACAAUUUUGUGCUUCCAUUUGAUGAUGCACUUAAUUGGAGUGCGUUCUCUGUGGUCAUACCGGAAAAGGAUGUACCCAAACUGAAGCAGAUCUUAUUGGCAAUUCCUGAUGAUCAAUACAUGGCUAUGCAGUCGAAUGUUCAACGGGUGCAGAAGCACUUUAUUUGGCAUCCAAAUCCCAUCAAGUAUGACAUCUUCCACAUGAUAUUACAUUCAAUUUGGUAUAGCAGGGUAAAUCAGAUCCAAAUAGAGUAGCACUUGCAUCUGAUCAGCAGCAAGGAGCUAUUGUGGUCUGAUUUGAAUUCUAGUAUGAUCCUGCAGCUUCUUCAUCCGAGAAGGCGCUGAAUUGUGUUCCUGACAUUAUUGGUCUAACAGAAGAACCCUGACAUAGUGGAGCUUAGUUGUGCUUUAGGAGCUGUCAUUUUCACAUUUGUUGAUUUUCUAAUCUAACGGGUUGUAACAGUUAAACGGAGUGUUUUGGGACCACAGCUGAAGAUAAGGUGUCCCGUGAAUUUUUAUCUUUCUUUGUAUUUUGUUAAACAAUUUUUCGUUGUGUUUUGGAGUAGUAUUGAUUGCAAAUACUAAAAUUCAUCUUUUU